AUGGUAAUUAUUAUAUUCCUGAAGAGGAAAAUAAAAGAAGAAACAACGAAAAAGCAACUAUUUCACUGGCAAUUGUUAGCAGAACAACUACAUGGACAACAAAAAGAGACUGAACCUCUGAAAAAUAUACGCGAUUCAUGCUCAGAAGAUAAAUCCUUCACUGCUGAUGUACCAGAUUUACAACGCACAAAGGAAGGGGGUUUUUGCAUACCCUGCAGUAUUAAAGUGCAGUCUGAUAUAUCCACAGAUAAUGGGACUGAGUUAAUCAUUGAAAUUUAUCCGGACUCUUUGGUGAAAUUCUGUACUUCAACAGUACUUCAAGUUACAUCAGUUUCAAAUGGAACUGAUGAAGAAAUAGAACCAAAUGGACAUGCAAAUGAGUUGAGGGAUGAAAAGGUCACCCCAGCAAAGCCUGACGGACAUGAGAGGGAAGAAGAGGAGCUGACUAAUCAGAAUUCAGCAGAAAAUGAAGAUCCGAAUGCAAAAAGAACAGUAGCAAAACCAGCCGAAGUUGCAGAUACCAGUCCGACUGCAUCAGUGGAAACAGGAGAUCAAACCUGCCAACCACUCUUGACCAGUCAGGAUCCCCAACUUCCAAAAGAUACCAGUCAGUGUGAAUCAAUGGAAGGAGGAGAUGAAACCUGCCAACCACUUUUGACAAGUCAGGAUUCCCAAAUUCCAACAGCUCCUACAAUUAGUGAUGUGUCAAAUCCCUUUGUAGUCCGGAAUGGUGAAACUGACUGUCUGGAAUGGGAUGUUACCAUUCCCACUGGAGUUCCAAUGGAAAUUAUUAUAUUCCUGAAGAGGAAAAUAAAGGAAGAAUCAGUGAAAAAGCAACUAUUUCACUGGCAAUUGUUAGCAGAACAACUACAUGGACCAAAAAAAGUGACUGAACCUCUGAAAAAUAUACGCAAUUCAGGCACAGAAGAUAAAUCCUUCACUGCUGAUGUACCAGAAUUACAACGCGCAAAGGAAGGGGUUCUUUACAUAUCCCGCCGUAUUGAAGUGCAGCCUGAUAUAUCCACAGAUAAUGGGACUGAGUUAAUCAUUGAAAUUUAUCCGGACUCUUUGGAGAAAGUCUGUACUUCAACAGUACUUCAAGUUACAUCAGAGGACACCCCAACAAAGCCUGAUGAACACGAAAGGAAAGAAGACAAGUCGACUGAUCAGAAUUCAGUAGAAAAUGAAGAUGCUGUAUUGAAGCAAGAAUGAGAUUUCUCUGACGGUUAGGAAAGUAAGAGGAAGAUCACAUGUGUGGAGCAAAAUAUUUCCCUUCAUCUGGGAUUAUUCUACCCCUUAAAUUUCCGAAAACAUCCUGCUGACUCCACCAAGCUGUUGGAUCCCAAUGUUUAAGCAAUUUAAAGGUUCUUCGGAAAACAAGAAUGAAGCAUAGAACUUGAUGCUUACUAUUGUUUUAUUAAAUGUUAUAAUAGCAAAGAAGAACAAGAAGAAGCGUUGAAAGUUCAAAGAAAAGACUGGACUAAAAAGUAAUAAUGGCCUUCUUAUACCAGACGAGUCAAACCAAAAGUCAAUGCAUUUAUGCAAAAAGAGGAGAACUUUGCAAUAUGUGAAGUAAAGGAAUUUUAUCCAAAGGAAACUACAGUCAGAUGGUUAAAAGUACUAAAUGAAAAAGUGGAAGUUAUUUCAAAAGAUCAGUCUAUUGAUGGACCAAAGUGGGACAUUUAGCCUUCCCACUAAAGUAAUAGUAGAACCGAUGAACAAGAACAAAUUAAACUGACUGCUGGAGUCACCUUUGGCAUUUUCAUACUAUUUUUUGCACUGGGUUUUGGAAUUUGUAUCUGGAAGAGAAAAUCUAAAGAGGUCACCCAGGCACAGCCUGUUGAACAUAAAAGAAAAGAAGAGGAUUCGACUAACCAGGAUUCAGGAGAAAAUGAAGAUCCGAAUGCACAAAGCACAGGAAGAGAACCAGCCAAAGCUCGAGAUAAGUUAAGGCACAAAUUUUAUGAAAUGAAAGCAGAAAAACUGCACACAUUUACAGUAUUUUGUCUGUUUCUUUUUCUUGCAAUUGCAUAAUACCUAAAGUAGUUGAAGCAACAAUUAAUUGUUGUUCCUCUACUAUGGCCUGCAAAUUCUUUAUCCCAAGCAAUUUUCUGAAGAUAUUUAAA